AUGAAGCGUCCACGAUUGACAACACUCACCGUCCAGACGGGAACAACUUCACAGCUCGACGCGGCCUCAGACUUUAAAUUCAGACUCGUAGGUGAAGGGUCAGAGAUUAAAAAUGCUUCUCGUCGUGUUGAUACAACUCCUGAUCGUCGCAUCAGCAAAUGCGCAGAUACUGGGCCGUGCUGCCACUACAUCCACAGCUGCCCCCACUACAUCCACAGCUGUCCCCACUACAUCCACAGCUGCCGCCACUACAUCCACAGCUGCUGCCACUACAUCCACAGCUGCCCCCACUACAUCCACAGCUGCUGCCACUACAUCCACAGCUGCUGCCACUACAUCUGUGUCAGCCGCGACUACGUCCACUGCAAUUGCUGGUACCACAACCGUUACAGGUGGCACGACUGCGACCAGCCCUGCUACGACCGUGACGACAGCAGCCAUAACAACAAACUCGACAAACUCAAACAGCACUACGACAAACACCGCUGCCGCUCCGCACCCUGGGAUCGUGUUCAUGGGCAGCCUCGCCAUGUGCCAGUUCAGUGUUGCACUCUUUACAGUCAUAUUUAUGGUGUAGAGCAUAGGUAUUCAACAGGGGGUCCGCGGGCUAGACUAGACUACUGCAGGGGAGUAGCAAAAUCUUUGGUUGAUUAGACAUUUUUUUUGUAUAUAUAUUUUCCCCCACAGAACACAUAGAUUAGGUAGGGGGUCUCUACUUAAUCUCUCCAUCAGUUUGGGGUCCUUAGCCUGAAAAACCUUGAAGAUCUCUAGUGCAGAGGAUUGUGUUGUCAUGUAUCUAAUUUAACAGAAUGCAGUCACUGUGAUUCAUAAAGAGAGAUCAUUUAGGUUUAUGCGUACACACAAAUGAUCCCACUCUUAAGACACACGUUGAUGGGUUAAAAAAUAAUCUACAUGAUGCAAAGUGUUGAAGUGCGUGCUGUAAAACGUAUUAAUUGCCAUUAAUAUUUCACAAUAAUGUUGAAAAUGUGUUUUACAUAAUCCACAAGUACUGUACAUCUGCAAGUAUUUGUCCAUGCUCAGUUAAAAUAUUUAAAUGUGAGAAGGAAAUAAAUAUUUUUAUCUGAACGCA